UUUUCUGUUUAUUUUUCUGGAACCUGGCCAACCUUCAUCGUAAUAACUAUUUCAUUUCUAAGUGUGUGCUUAGUUUGUAAGAGGUCAGAACACAGGAGAACUGUCAGUAUCAAAGCUCAUUUAAUUCAGAAAACAUUGACACUCAAUUUCAAUUACAUAAAUGAGGCUAAAGAUCGGGAAAUGUGUAGUUACAUUGCCUUCAUCAGUAGAAUUCAGUCAGCAAAUAUAAAAUGCACAGCUGGGAUGAAUAAAGAUAAAAUUCUAGUUGGUGGGUGUUAACAUACUAUGUACCAGUGAGGGUGAAACCGUGGAGAAAUUCCCUUGCAUUGCUCCAUUUAUCAUAUCAUGGGCCUGAGGUAAUGUGUUCAUACUACACUACUGUGACCUCUGCACUGAAACUGCUCAAAAUCAGCUGAGCUUUAUGGUCUAGGUUCAGGGCAUCUUCUGAUUUCAUGUGACGGCUAAUUUGCUCUGGAUCAAUUUCCAUAUGUGAUGCAGAAGCAAAUCGCCAAAAAUUGCCUAAAUAAAGAAAGCGCUUGAAUAAAUGUGGGCUACAAAGUAUAACGAAAGCAGGAGCAAUCACACAGGUGUAGUUAUUGAGUUAAUUAAGCAAUUAACCUCCCGACAUGCAGACGAUGCCUAGUCCAGCAGCCCACUGUUUUGGCAUUAGGAUUCUCAGUGAUUCUGAGCGAGGCACAGUUGUGGUUGUUUGAAAUAAGCUUCAGUGACUCAGGCUGUUGAACUUACUGACGUUUCAUGAGAGAUGGAUACAUAACAGAAAGGGAUACUAUGGUUGGUGUUUCUUUUAUUUUGGCAGUGAAGCUCACUGGGAUUGUUCAGUCAUGUAUCAUCAAAUGUGUUUGCAGUGUGUCUGCGUAUGUGUGUGCAGUCUCUGAGGUACAGAGAAACACCGAACUAAAUGAAAUACCCUCUGUCCCCCCAGGUGCUAUUGGAUCCUGUGUACCCCACCAACACAGAGCUGGAACAUGAGCCAACCGAAAAUCCAUUCAGAGAGAUGUCUGUGGAUGACAUAAUGCGUUCGGUAUGGGACGAUCUCCCAGCAGACGGCAACUUCAGCUCUAUUGAAAGCUCUUCCAGUGGCCAGCACAGUGUGGUCAACUUGGAGCAGCCCGGAGCCCAGUACUGUGUGGGGGACAGCUUAAUCGUGCUGGUGAACAUGAAGGACCACAGGGGGAACCCAAAGGUGCAUGGAGGCGACUUCAUCCUGGCCCGAAUCCACUCUCCCAAUCUCCAGGCUUCUGCAUCAGGAGAAGUUACUGACCUGCUCAAUGGCUCCUACCGGGUGCGUUUCCGCCUGUUCUGGCCUGGAGACGUACUGGUGUCUGUGCUUCUCAUGCACUCCUCUGAGGCAGUCGGGAUCCUCAGGAGAAUCAGUGCGCACAACUACGAUAAGAUCAUAUACACCGGAACCUUCUACAGUGGGAACAAAACUGAGCAAUCUCAGUGCGGCAUCCGGCUGAAAGCAGACAGGCCUCUCUGCGAGUACAGGAAGAAGGAAGACGCGGAGUACUACGCCUGUGUCCGACCCAAAACCCUUUCCUGCAGCACCCUGAGGACCAUGCGGUCCAGAAAUGGCCCAAUUUCUAACAUGGCCAGGGAUGAGCGUUUGCUCCUGAGCAGGAAAAACAUUGGAAUAGAAAUGAGAAACAGCUUUGGUCCUGUGAAAGUCAUCAGUUGUCCCGCAGGGACCCACAGACCGACUGAAAAGUGUGUGGCAGGGUUUGGAAUGACGUCCCCUUCACCGAGUGGCUACUUCUUUAGAAACAGAUGGUCUUCCACCUCUUGCCAGACGGGAAACUUCUUCAGUGCGGACGCCAUCAGCAGAUGUCUGAAGGGAAGGAACCUGAAACUCAUGGGAGACUCCACUGUGCGCCAGUGGCAAGAGACGCUCAUAAAAACGCUGAAAGGGCUGAAAUAUGUAAAUCCGUAUGAUACUCAUUACUAUGCCCUGGUUGUGGACCCACAAAGGAACAUCACUGUCCAGUGGAAGAUGCACGGACAUCCUUUCGUCACUGGCUACAACGUGGUCAAAGAUGCCGUGGGGUACAUUUUCAGAGAAGUAGACAGAGUAGCGGUUGACGACGUAGUGGUCAUUGGAGUGGGACAGCAUUUUAGGCCCUUCCCCCUGGAGAUCUUCGUCCAGAGGCUGAUCAACAUGCGCAAGGCCAUCCUGAGGCUCCACAAACGCAGCCCCCAGACCCUCGUCAUCAUCAAGCUGGAGAACACCAGGGAGUUGGACUCAGAUAUGACCCACCUGAGUGACUGGUUUGGCUACGUUCAGAACCUGGCUCAGAGAAAGGUGUUCAGGGACCUGAAGGUGGUGCUGGUAGACGCCUGGGACAUGACAACAGCCGCCAACACCUUCGCCAUCCACCCUAACAGCAUGAUUGUUUCCAAUGAGAUAGCCUUGGCUCUGUCACACCUCUGUCAUGAUGCAUAGAGGUUCUUUCUGAAAGGAACUAUAUAACAGGAGUUUCUAACUCCAUUUCUCUAGAGACUUUGUUUACAGUACACCCAGGGGCUUGUUACAAUACACUAGGAGCUUUGGAAUUUUAAGGUUUUUAAUUGCGUCCCUAUUAGUAAUAGUAGGUGUUUGAUUCUGGGGUGGAAUUUGAGUGCUUAUUAAUGAUUAUACAAUGACAAUGUAGUAUACUGGCUAAGGAGUUGGUCCUGUAACCUAAAGGUUGCAGGUUCGAUUCCCUGGUAGGACACUGCCGUUGUACCCUUGAGCAAGGUACUUAACCUGCAUAGCUCCAGUAUACAUCCAGCUGUAUAAUUUGAAUACUAAACUGGCUUGGGCUGACCACAUGCCAUUUUCACUGCAGCUGUUUUACCUCAGUUUUCAUCAGACAUGACACUUUUUGCAAAGACAUUCAAUAACCAUAUUCACCUCACCUAUUAACUUUCAGUUUUGAUGAAUAUCUUUUCAUAUUUAGAUCUGGGCUAUUAAAAGCCUUGAUCAAGAUACUUGCUACCUAGCAGUUUCUAGUCAGUCACCUAGCGAAGCUACCUGGUAAUACUGAGCUCUUUGUGAAAAUUAGGGAUGGGUACCAGUAAUGGAUUGAUCGAUUACAUGUCAGAUAUGUGCCUACUUGAUCUUCUGAUUUUCUCAUAAAGGCUAGGCUACACAAGGUACAACUAGGCUAUGUGUUGGAACUUGGCUCCAUUCAUUAAUUUACAUUACAUUACAUUACAUUACAGGCAUUUGGCAGACGCUCUCAUCCAGAGCGACAUACAAAGUGUAUAACCGUAACCAGGGACA